AUGCCAGAUGAGAUUGACAGCUUGGCGGGUUCUGGCGAGACGGAUGACAGCCUGGAGAACUCAGAUCCUUGCUAUGCAGAAUUGCUCAGACAAGCUUUGAUGGAGAAGAAAGAUGAUCACACGAUGCUUCUCAAAGACCUCUACGAGUGGGUUCGCACUCACAGUUCGAAAGCUCAAGAUCCUGACAAUAAGGGCUGGCAAAACAGUGUGCGCCACAAUCUCUCUAUGAACGCGGCGUUCGAAAGAGUACCUCCGCCCAACCAAGAGGCAGGCACCAAGAAGACAAGUUACUGGCGACUU